AUGAUGUUGCGUUUGGAAAACGUCAAACGUUUCUAGUUUAGGAGAGGAAGUGAAAGAGAGAGAGAGAGAGAGCACAGGUACACACGCAAAAGAGCGAGAGCCUAUUAUUGCGUGAGGGCUUGCUCGUCCUGCAGAGAGUAGAUAGUGCGGCCAUCACACGUCGAAGAUGUACAGCCUCGCGCACUAGUAGAACUUUGCUGAAGUUUGUCCCGAUUAAUUGUGCCAGAAAUUGUGUCCAGUGGUUUGGUUUGCUGCGGCCAGACUCCCCGCAGCAAGUGGGAGGGGGAGCAACAGCAGGGACUCGACCAGUGGGGGAUUUUUUUUGUUUGUUGAAGGAGUCCCCCUCCGUGGUUUCACAUUCGUGGUGCUGCUGCCAAGAAGCUAAAACAGGGUGUUGGUGUUUGGUGAAAAUCGCUUGCAAAUCGCUUGCGCUCCGAUGGCUCGAUCUAGUGUGCCAGGCUUUAUCGUUUUUCACUCCUGAAGUGUGUGUGUGAUUGUGUGUGUGUGUGUGUGUAGCAAAAUAUUACCCAACGACCAGAGUUCGUGUGUGCCCGUGUUCGAUAGUGUGUCCAGCUUGGUAUAAUUUACCCUACACACUACCCACCUUCCACCAUGGCCGACACGGAGUUUGAGGAGCUCCGUCAAAAUCUGGACGCGUUGCCAACGUUCCGAAAGGCUCCCGCACCGUUCUACUCCUUGGUGGCAGAUUUGGAUCUGGACGAUACGCCCUCCUCCAAGAGCGACGCCUCGUCGGACCACGAAGAGGAUGGGCCACUGUCGGCGAGCGACACCGGCACGACGGUCGACUCAGUGCUGAAGGGAACGCCGAGCAAGACGCAGCAGCUCAUCCAGACGAUUAGCACGAUCAGCAGCGGCAGCAGCAGCACCGGCGAGGACGACGAGCUUGGCGAUGGGUUGCGGACGGUCGUAACGACGCACCGGAAGCCUUCGGACGGUUCCGAAGGGGACGAUGAGCUGCUGGUGGUGACGGCGACGGCGGCGCCUGGUUCUGGGCCGGAAAGCUUGCUGCAGCUGCACCUUACGCCACACACGGUCGACGGGAAAGGUACGGCUGACGUAGACGCGCAUUCCCAGCAGCAUCCUUCGGUGGUGAACUUGGGUCAGGUUGGGGCCGGCGGUGCUUCCGCGACGAGUGAUGCAGCAACCACGACGAACAGCAGCAGUUCCCAGCUAGCAAGGACCAGCUCGCUGCCCUGGAUCCCGGGACAGGUCGAGCGGCGAAGGCGCAAGCUGCCGGAGAUUCCGAAAAAUCGUAAAUCUUCCGUGCUUCAGCUGCUCGCGGGCCAAACGUCACUGGCGGACGAGCUGAGUGCCAGCAGCCGAAGGGCACCGCAUCACUACCCGGCAUCGCAUCACCACCAGCCCGGCACGACCUUCUUCAAGCAGAGCUCGCUGCUCGCGCUCAAAUGCAGCUACUUGCUGGACGAGGACUCCAGCCCGGACUCGGAACGGUUGCAGAGCCUGGGCGACGUGGACAGCGGGCACAGUACGGCCCACUCGCCGAACGACUACAAGAGCAUGUCCCCACCGCCAGUGCAGCCGGUGUCGCCGGUGACGUCCCCGUUUCCACCGCCGUACGGUGGCGUCCCGUACAGCCAGCUGGAGAUGCUGGAGGCGACGCACCGUGCCCUGCACAAGUUCAUCCCGCGGCACCACGAUGAGAUCGAGAUCGAGAUCGGCGACCCGAUCUACGUGCAGAAGGAGGCGGAAGAUCUGUGGUGCGAGGGCGUCAAUCUGCGCACCGGGCGGCAGGGUAUAUUUCCUUCGGCGUACGCCGUCGAUCUGGAUUACAACGAUUUCGAUCCGACCUCGGUCGAGAUGAAGCGCGAACGGUAUCUACUCGGGUACCUGGGCUCGGUCGAAACGAUGGCCCACAAGGGUACGGGCGUCGUCUGCCAGGCGGUGCGGAAAAUUGUCGGCAAUGGGACGGAGUCGCCCAAGGCGCAGCCGUGCAUACUGGAGAUCUCGGACCAGGGCCUGAGGAUGGUGGACCGAUCGCGGAACAAGAAAUCCAAAGGCCCUUGCAUAGACUACUUCUACUCGCUGAAGAACGUCUCGUUCUGUGCGUUCCACCCGAGGGAUCAUCGCUACAUCGGCUUCAUCACGAAGCAUCCGACGGUGCAGCGGUUCGCGUGCCACGUGUUCCAGGGUACCGAGUCGACCCGCCCGGUUGCCGAGGCGGUCGGGCGAGCUUUUCAGAGAUUCUACCAGAAGUUCAUAGAGACGGCAUAUCCGAUAGAGGACAUCUACAUAGACUAAGCGAGCCAGCGAUUGCAACUAGAACUGGGCUUGGAUCUACCGCCAAGGAGCAAACCUUCUUUCAUAUUUUCACUCCCGAGAGUUUUCAGUUUCAGUUAGACAUGCCAUUACAACCCGUCAAGCUUUUUUGUACAGUUUUAGUAGUAGUAGUAGUAUCAGCCCUUCGACAUUGCUCAUAGGGGGCCUUUAGUUUAGCUAUUAAAGAAAUCAUGAAAACCAAUGCAAAACCAAAGAAAAGUAUCUCAAUGUUAGAAAGCAGCCGAGACGAGAGUCUCACAAUCCCUGUUUCCCACCGGUGGGGACCGUGUGCUUUGUUAGUUAGCAUUAUGUUGUUUAUGUUUUACCCCGUGUGUGUCGUGUUGGGAGUGCGUAUGUAGAGUGUGGGCAUGCUUUUCGAUCGCGCUUUUUUGCCGUUCCAUUGGCGCUACUUUCAAAUUGGCUGUUUUAGUGACCGAGAAGCAGUGUCGACCAGAGUGUAGACGUUUAAUCGCACGCUUUCCAUAACUCCCCCCCCCAUACUUCAUAUGUGGCUUUGUAGCACAUUUGUAACGGUUUUUUCCGCAAAGGCAUAGUUUGAGCAGACUUUUUCGCUUUUUCUACGGCAGAUUAUACGACGUAUGUAGGUAAAUGCACAACGGAGGACGAGUAGGACACGGUGGCUCUCUCGGUUUUUGGCGGAGCUGCAGCUGAUGUUAACUUUCUAUCAAAAACAGCAUUAGGAACAUGAACACCAGGCAAGGUACUUGAACCUGGUAGAGCGGGCAAGAUGGUUACAACUUUUCCUUAACUCUAUACUGUUUCGAGUUUUUGAAAACUAACACACAAACAGUUUAUCAUCAUCUUCUUCUGCUCUUUGCUCUUUCAGCAUGUUUAGUUCUCUGUACAUACUGGUAGUUAAAAUGGAAGAAACUUGUCACCGCGAAAGAUAGAUAAUCGAAAAGCAAGACGAGAAAAAAAAACAAACAUACAAAACCUGAAACUAAUGCAAGCGAUAUUAGCAACAAUAUACUUCAUUCAAUGCUGAUCUAAUACUACUACUCACAUACACGCUCGUGGAAAGGAUGAAAUGCUGUUAAGAGAAGGAAAAAGCAAACUCUAUAUUUAUAGCACAGAAAGAGAAAGCAAAGUUAAGAAAUGAAAAGAAAAUGAAAUAAUAAAUACUAAAAAAAAUGAAAAGGCUUAGGAAUGAUAGAAUACAAAGUAUAUGAAACGUGAAAAAUCUAAUGCUUCGUGUAAGAUAUAGUCGCUUUUCUUCCAUGCAAGACAAAACUAACGCAAACUCCUAUUUGCAGUGCCGCAGGGUCGCAACACGUUUUACAGCAGCGUUUAGAGGCAAAUUUGCAAAAUUCAAAACAAACCAAAAAAACUCUCUUUCCCUAUGUUGUGUUUGUGAAAAAACAAAUCUAAAGAUCUCCCGGUGACACUCAACUUCCAAAAGUCCAACCCACACACAAACUUUACUCGAAGCAAACGUUACGAGCCGCCCCUUUCUAGGCAGUUGGUUGAUGUUGUGUGUGUUUUGAUUUUGGAGGUUCUUUCUCUCCCAACUCUUUACUUUACACUCUUACAGAACGAACGAACAAAGCAGCUAGCUAGAGUAGGGCAAGAGUUGUGCAAAGUCGCAGGAAAGCUUUAGCAGUGAUUCGCGCGUUUUGAGGCCGCAGGGAACGAAGGAACCAUGCAAAAUACAACAUUUACUAUAGUUAAAUCGUACAUCCGCUUCUCACAGGCAUCACAGCUAACAAUACUCUACAACAAAAAGAAAACAAAAUGAAAGACAAAACAAAGGAACUAAGAAGUAGUGACACAUUAAGAGGUAAAGAGAAAGUGAACAAAACAAAACAAAAAUACACAAAAAAGGAACAAAAAACAACAUAAGAAACUCUAAUCGAUAACAAAAGGCAAGAAAAAACGUGUCGUUGUCGUUCUACUGUACUCAUUUCCGGAGCGGCAAUGAACACUUAUUGAAACAUUGUACACAACAUAACACAAAAGGUAUAUAAAUUGCAAAGCAUUUACACAACUUAAACAGUACACACAGUGGCGCAUUCAUUACGCUAAAACUCUGACGCCUGAAGUUGAAGCGCCGGGAGAAAAAAAAAACAUGCAAUAAAAACUUGUUAAUCUUGUGACUCUCCUCCUAGCAAACACAAUCUGGAACAAUAACAUUAGAACGACGGAAGCACGGGAAGCAGCUACUAAAACUAACACUUUGAAACAAAACACACACUGAUUAAUGGAUCUAUACAUAAACAUACAUACAUACAUACAUAUAGCAACGUAAGCCUGUAUUUGCAAGCGCCUGUGGUUGAAUAAUACGGUCUUUUUCGUGCAAAGCAUACCAGCAGCAGCAAAAAGAAAAGGCACGUAACCAACAGGAACAACACAAAACAGAAGAAACAAAUGAACUUUCUAAUUGCACAACCAAAGGAAGUGGAAAUAUUCGUAAAGUAGCGAGAGAAAGAGAGAAAGUGAAAGAGAAAGAGGGAGACAGAGAGAGAAAGAAAGAAAGAAAGAAAGAGAGAGAGAGAGAGAGAGAGAGAGAGAGAGAGAGGAAAGAGUCAGUUGUUGGAAAGAUAUCAGGGAAGGUGAGAAUGGCGAUGGAGGAAAAGUGUCUUUGUAUCCGUUAGCUGCGUUUGUGUGUGUGUGUGUGUUGAUCCUUUAGGUGGCAAUUCUGCCCCUUAGGUGGAUCGAACGCCAAGCAAGGAUGAGCGUUAAAGUGCAAUGUAUGUUUUGUCUAAGGGCCUGGAAGAUGAUCGCGAAUGCAAAGAAAAGAAGAGCAAGAAGAAGAAGAAUAAGAAAAAAGGAAGAACAAAUAGAAAAAGAAAAGAAGAAACAGAAGAAGAAGAAGAAGAAGAAGAAGAAGAAGAAGAAGAAGAAGAAGAAGAAGAAGAAGAAGAAGAAGAAGAAGGAAGAAGAAGAAGGAAGAAGAAGAUGCGAAGCAAGCCUAUAAUGUUUAGUGCAACCAUGUACAAGCAAAUAAAUAACUGUGAAAAAGUCAAACACAUACUUAUCUUCUUUCUUUCUCUAUUUCGUUAUAUUCUGAUGACACUGUUUUCGGAACUGUUUUUUUCGGCUGUUGUUGUUCUUCUCUAUCUUCUCUAUUUUAUGAUUGGUUUUUGCUCUUCUUUUGUUCAAUUGGUAUUGUGUUUCUCUUUUUAUUAUUCUUUUCUUGAGUGUUAUUGUUGUCGCUGUAGUUGUUGUAAAACAUUCUUUGUUUGUUUUUUUUUGUCAUCUUCUUGUUUUGCUGUUUUGGUUUGCUUGCAUACCUACGGAACCGCUGACCUGAUUUGGCCGGAUCGUGGAAAAACGGAAAAUGGAAUAGAUUAAGAUAGGGAAGAAAGAAACUCGUUUUGCCAGCAGGCCGCCAAAUGGUCACACAAUCCCACUCAAAGGAAGGACACUGCCAAAUGUUGGAUGGGACAUUCCUUCCUGCUUGGAGUGUCUCUCUCUCUCUCUCUCUUCCUGAGUGUUUUUGUGUUGCCGUUUGCCACUCUGAAUGACAAUAAAUUGGCCCUUGUGAAUUGCUAACCUUCUCUAAAAUCACUACAACUGAGUUGUUUUUACUAAUAUUGCCUCAGAAUAUCAUGUUUCGAUGUGUGUGUGUCUGUGUUUGUAUCUUAUAAGGCUAAUUAAACGGUGUACAAAUAGCUCACAACGAAUCCUGUGCUUAUACUUCCUGUUCGCUUUUUCUGCUCCUGAAUUAAAGUGGCUACAUCUAGCUUGAUUUGUUUUUCAAACUGCCAACUUUCCCUAUUUCUGUGUGAGCAUGAGUUUGAAAUGAAAAGGGCAAAUACGCAAACAAACAAACAAACAAAAGGUACAAUAAAUAUCAUAAUCAUAUUGAGUUGCUUCCUGUGCUGUCCUUUCUCUUCCGUUCGAUCCUCGUCUCGCAGGCAGGCACAGAAUCGUUACAUCAGUAUGGUUUUGUUUUCCCUUUUUCUUCUAUUUUAAUUUGUUAUAACUCCUACUACACAAUUGCUGGAAUUGACCAGGUUUUUUUUUCGCUGCAUACAUUCGUUCGUACACACACACACACACACACACACA